AUGGAGGAAGUCCUGGCAGCCCGAGGAAUAGCUAACAGGGGUGAUCAGGCAGAGAAGGAGAAGAAAAGUGCUCUGAGACAUAGAGAUGACUCUCGUGAGCCGAAGAAAAACAUAACAGGUCGGCCUCUGGACACAGCUGAACUUGAGCGAUAUGAACUUGAUCCUGCUAAAAGGAGGAAAAGGCCAAAGCAAUUUCGCUGGACAGAAGAAUGCGAAGCAGCUUUCGAGGAGAUCAAGGCCUGCCUAGCCUGGCCCCCUCUGCUGAGCCAACCUGAGCCUGGGGAAGAACUACAUCUUUAUCUCGCUACCUCAGCCGUGGCCGUCAGUGCAGUCCUUGUCAGAGAAGAGGCAAAGACCCAGAGGCCCAUCUACUAUGUGAGUCAUGUGCUCCUGGAAGCAGAGACAAGGUACUGGAAGAUUAAGAAGCUUGCACUGGCACUGGUCAUGACAGCCAGAAAGCUGAGGCCCUACUUCCAAGCACAUGCCAUUGCUGUACUAACUGAUCAACCACUGAGAAAGUCACUUCAUAGCCCCAGCGUAGCGGGACGUAUAGUAAGUUGGGCUGUCGAGUUGAGUGAGCACCAUAUUGAAUUCCGACCAAGAAGCGCGAUCAAGGGCCAAGCGCUGGCUGACUUUUUGGUAGAAUGUACCCAAGCCAAAGAAGCGGGAGAACCUGAGCCCGACCCGAACAGAAAAUGGGUGCUCUUUGUUGAUGGAUCUAACACAACAGCACGGAGCGGCGCUGGGCUUGUGAUGAAAAGCCCUGAAGAGUUCACGAUACAUUAUGCCCUUAGGUUUGCAUUUCCCAUAACGAACAAUGAAGCAGAGUAUGAAGCGCUGAUUGCAGGAAUCAAACUGGAAAAGGCGGUGAUGACAGACGACCUGGUCGCUCAUAGUGACUCCCAAUUAAUCGUGAACCAAGUCAAUGGCCAAUACGAGGCCAAAGAAGAAAGAAUGGCCAUGUAUUUGAAGGAAGUACGCCAUCUGGUGACCAGCUUUGGCACGUUCGCGAUGGUACAGAUCCCGCGGCAAGAAAAUGCUUUGGCAGAUGCCCUCUCCAAACUAGCUACAGCAGACUUCGCUGACUGCACAAGCUCUGUAUAUUUUGAAGUGUUAAACCAACCAAGCUAUGAAAAAGAAUUGCUGUGCAGCAUUACUCAAAGGGCCGAGCCGAGCAGGAUGGAUCCCAUCGUGGUCUAUUUACGUGAUGGGCAUCUCCCGGGAGAUCAAGCGAAAGCAAGGGCAGUCAAGAGGAGAGCAGCCACACACACCCUUCAGGGUGGAGUGCUUUACAAAACGGUGAUAUCCUGGCCCCCGCUGAAGUGCUUGCCGUUGAGCCAAGCUGAGGAGACACUUCGUGAAGUCCACGAGGGGAUUUGUAGGGGACACAUCAGGGGUAGAGCACUGGCCUACAAGGUACUAUGCCAAGGAUUCUACUGGCCAAACAUGCAAAGAGAUGCAAUGAAGUUCGUGCAGUGGUGCUUCAAGUGUCAGGCACGUCCCCUGGCCAGAAUCACAGAGCAGGCAGUAGAGAAGUUCGUUAGGGACGACGUCAUAUUUCGCUAUGGUGUUCCAAAGGUGUUGGUCACGGAUAAUGGUCGACAAUUCGACAAUCGAAAAUUCAGGCACUUCUGCAGCAACUUCAAUAUUGAUUUCCGAAACACCAUUGUAGCACACCCGCAAUCGAAUGCUCGGACACCCACAGGAGAGACACCGUUUCGACUUGCAUACGGAACUGAAGCGUUAACCCCUGUGGAGGUAACCCAAGCCUUGUUCCGAUCAGCAGUGUUUGAAGCCUCACAGAAUGAAGUCGGGCUCCAAGCAAACGUCGACUUCAUAGAUGGAGUUCGGGAAGAAGCACUUAUUCGAAAUGAAACCUACAAACAGAAAGUCCGACAAUACCACAACAGGAGGGUCAAGCCACGGGGAUUCGUAGUUGGGGACUUGGUGCUGAGAAAAGCAGUAGCGACGGACCCAAGAAGUGAAGGCAAGCUCAGCGCGAACUGGGAAGGCCCUUACAUAGUCUCCAAAGUGAAUUUGCACUAUUGA